AUGGCGUUCCGCGUACCGCAGGAAGCGGCGUUUGCGUCGUCAUCGUCAUCACCACCGCGCGUCGCAUCGUCGUCGUCACCGCCAUCUAGUCCGACGAAUGAGCGUACAUCGUCCACGUCGUGCCUCGCCGACCCGUUUUCCGCGUCGGCCAAGUCGUUGUCGAUUGGGGGGCGUCCUCGCCGAGGGACGACGCGCUGGUCGCGCAGUGCUACGACGCCAGCUUUGCGCGUCGGUGCAGGUCCUUCGACGAAGGAGGGAGACGAGGCACUGACUGUGAUACCUACGCCUGACGGCGGCACGUCUGGCCACGUCCUUGGCCAAUUUUUUGACGACGGAUCCGACGUAUCGAUGAUGUCGUCCAUGGAUGAUAUGGGCAGCUCGUACGAAGCACCUUCCAUGCUGCUAGCUGGCGUACGCCGGCCUUUUUCACGCACAGAGAGUGCAAGCACCGAUCCGCUGAGUGCGGCUGGGACGCUGGAGCGGCCCAAAGAGCGCGCGACACAGCGGCGGCGUACCGAUGCGACGCCAGACGACGAGGCGAUGCCCAACGUCGGCAUGGCGGCAGCGAGUGGGAGUGUCGUCGAUUGGGACGCCUUGGUCAGUCGCGUGUUUGACGAAGGUCGGGAGGCGCCUGCGUUGCUGCUGGGCGGCUGCCAUUUGACCUACAUUAGCGGGGUGGUAGGCGAUUUACGUCACUAUGUUGCCUUUGAGCCGCGGCGUAUGGAUACGGGUACACGCACUACAACGCAUCGGCGUCCUGGCCCGCUGGAAUUCUACUUGUGGGACAACCAGCUCACGCGGCUCCCCAGCGCGCUGUUCCAACUGUCGAACCUCGGUGUGCUGUCGCUACGGAAGAACCAGCUGACGCAUCUCCCCGCGUCGAUUGGGCAACUGCGUCAUUUGCGUGAACUCAAUAUCGGCGGGAAUGCUCUUACCUACUUGCCCGCGGAGAUGCAGCAGUUGACGCUCGAAACGUUUACGUACAUUCCCAACCCGUUCCUCCCUGUCCCACCUGGCGCGCGACUGGAGGCGCGGUCGAUGUAUGGCGGACGAAGAGCCACAACGACGACGACAUCUGCCGCGCAUACCCUGUCGCGGUGGUCGCGUGCGCAUACGGAUGCGGGCAUUUUGCAUCGGACGACGCCCCACGAGGCGCGUGGUCAGGUGUAUGCCCGCGUUCUAGGCGAGCUGCGUCGACGCUCUCUUCCUACGUUGGCCGAUAUGUGCAUACAGCGAUUGCUUAGCGACGAUCCCUUGGUGCUUGAGCAGUACGAGACAGGGUGCCUUCAUACGCUACGACAUACACUGCAGGCGCGCGUCGUCGAACGCCUCGAAGCCGCUCGACGAAGCGCGACACAUACAUGGGGCGCACGAUCGAAUGUGCAUCGAACUCGCGACGUGGCGGGCCGCGAGCGCUGGUACGCUGGCGCUUCGUUUACCCACAGCGUGGGCCACGACGAGAACGAAGAAGAGGACGAGGACGAAGCGGUGCAUGCCUCGGCGAACGACGUGGAUACCGCGCUCGAGUACCAGGAUGAUGCCGCGGAUAAUGUAUGGUUCCAGCGGUGUCCGUGUGCACACACACCAUCAAGUGCUCUCUCCGGCACAGAUUGGCCGCUCGCCGAGCCUGGCGUCCUGUAUGUCACGCCGUAUGAAGAGCGUAUGGAAUGGGUCUCGCAUGUGGCUGGCGUGCGUGUCGCAAAGCAGAGUAUUGAGAUGGCCGGCCUGACGAUUGACGGGGCACCGGCCGACCAGGCAGGAUGCCUGCCUCUGCUAUGGCGUGGAUGCAGUCCGCACUGCUUGGCCUUCCUCACCCAGGCUAGCGUUGCGCCUGAUGCGCCUCUAUGA